ACAAAAUCUCGAAAGGAGGUGAUGACCCGUCACCAGUAAUUUGGUCGGUGCGAAAAGUCCAACUCCAACCACACCGAUUUACAUUUCUUCUUCAAUUUCUUCUGAAUUACUCUCCUCCUCCUUCUCAGCUUCAUUCUCCCUGCUGCUGCAAGUGUUUUUCAAUGGCAAAUAUGGCUCCCAACAAUCUCAACGCCAAACUCGUUUUACUCGGGGAUAUGGGUGCCGGCAAAUCGAGCCUCGUGAUACGGUUUGUGAAGGGCCAAUUUCUCGAAUUCCAAGAAUCGACGAUCGGAGCUGCGUUCUUCUCGCAAUCGGUGUCUGUGAAUAAUGCCACGGUGAAAUUCGAGAUCUGGGAUACUGCUGGGCAGGAGAGGUACCACAGCUUAGCACCAAUGUACUACAGAGGCGCUGCUGCUGCCAUCAUCGUUUACGACAUCACCAGCUCGGUAUUUUCUUUUUUCCUUUUUUUUUUGGAUAAAUCCAAAAAGCUUUCGAGAGGCAGGCAGCAUAAAGCGUUCCAUACCGAGUUGUCUUCGAAGAAAAAUAAAUGUGAUCUUGAAGAUAAGAGAAAUGUCACUACGGAAGAGGCUCGUGCUUAUGCUGAUGAAAAUGGGCUUUUCUUCUUCGAAACGUCUGCCAAAACUGCAGUUAAUGUCAAUGAAAUAUUCUAUGAAAUAGCGAAGAAGUUGCCUAGAGCUCAGACCACACAAAACACAACAGGAAUGGUUCUGGUUGAUAAACCUGCUCAAGGCUCACAAUCUGCAUCGUGUUGUUCUUAAACAUUAAGCGUACUUUUCCUUGUAUUCGUAGAUGUUGCUAAGAACUGUGAAUGGCAGAAUCCUCGUAUGAUGAUAUCGUUUUAUUUUUCGGAGCUGUAUAUAUAGCCGGUAAUCAUGAAUUUGCAUCUCAUGGCAGCUUUGUAAGUACUAUUCCGUUGUUAAGACCACUUUUCAGUUUUUUGUUAAGAUCUGCCUUAGUUGCUACGUAUUCUAAGAAGGUUUAAAGCUUUAUUUGAUUGUUUGUGACGGAUUGUUUCGGUUUA